AGUUGGGCGUGCACGAACGGUUUCUCUCCACCACACUUUCACCUGCGCCCCUGGAUCUCGUUGGAAGGACGACUGCAAUACGUGCACGUGUUCGGACACUGGCAUUUCUGCCUGUACCCUGAUGGCUUGUUUCGGUGAUGCCCAGCAAAGUUCUGACGAAUCUGUGUGUGAUGAAGAAGAUCGAGAUGGAAAAUUGACGAGUGUAACUGGUGCAAGUGUAUCAGAGGCUCACCAGCGUGCAGCAGUAGGCCUUGUGACGACCAUCAGCCUCUGACAAGAGUUGACGGAGAGGACGACAUCCCACCUGGAGGAAUCUGCAAACCCGGAUCUGCCUGGAAGCCGGACUGCAACUGGUGCACGUGUACUCAGGACGGUAUGAGUGCAAGCUGUAAUCUGAGGGCUUGUCUUCCGGAUUACGUUCAGGACCCACGAGAAAAGGUGUGUGAGAAUGGGUCGAAGUGGAAGCUCGACUGCAACACCUGUGUGUGCGUUGACGAGAGAGCACGUUGCACACGGAAGGCUUGUGAUGUUUCACGGACAACAGAAUUGCCCCCUGAUGCAGUGUGCAAACCCGGGUCAUUCUGGAAAGAAGAAUGCAACACGUGUAGGUGUUCCAGCACUGGGAGGGCGGUAGCGUGUACUGUCAAGGCCUGUAUUGGCACUACAGAAAAUGCAGAUGAACCGAAGUGUACUGACGGAUCAAAAUGGAAGCGAGACGACUGCAAUUGGUGUGAUUGCGUUGAGGGAAAAAUCCGCUGCACCCAGAGAGUGUGUGGCCACCCUACACCACAGAUACGCCAGUUUGAAGAAAAGGAGGAAAUGUGUACCGAAGGCUCGAGAUGGAGAGUUAGCUGCAACUGGUGUAGCUGCAUGAACGGUACAGGAGGAUGUACCAAGAAAGGAUGCCCUCCAGAUUUUGAAGAAAGGACAGAUGCCCCUGAAUGUGAAGGGACUUCCAGAUGGAAGAAGGAUUGCAACUGGUGCAACUGUCAUAAUGGCAGAGGGAUUUGCACAACAAGAGCUUGCAUAAGCACCCCUGCUGUGCAUUCUCAGCCAACAGUGGAAGUAACAGUGACUCAAGAGGAACCUGAGUGUACAGAGGGAUCACGCUGGCUACAGUCAUGCAACUCCUGCCGUUGUAUUGAAGGAAAAGCAGCUUGUUCAAAGAGAAGGUGUAUCCCAGAUUUUGAGCCCUCACCAGACGAGCCUGUUUGUCAUGGCAAUUCCAGUUGGAGAGUGGACUGCAAUUGGUGUAACUGUGCAAAUGGAAAAGCCAUUUGUACUUAUAAGGCUUGUGGAGUACAACGACCUCAAGCACCACCAGUGGCAGUAACUGUCACACGAGAGGAAGGAGCCACAUGCACUGAAGGAUCUCAUUGGCGUCUCGACUGCAACUGGUGUCGUUGCAUCAAAGGCCAAGGGGCAUGUACUAAGAGAGGAUGCAGCGCUGAUGAAGCCCCAGGUCCCGAUGACCCUGUAUGUGAAGGAACUUCAUCAUGGAAACGUGACUGCAACUGGUGUAACUGUGAAGAUGGAAAGGCAGUUUGCACGGAAAUGGCAUGUGACCUUGAAGGUCGAAGCUUUGGUUCAGUUGGUGUACAGGAAAACCCAACUCCGAAACCCUGCAUUAAUGGAACAACAUGGUCAGCGGAUUGUAACAAAUGCUCCUGUGUGAAUGGAGUUGGCAGAUGUACUCGCCGCUUUUGCCGUCACCCACCUGUCAACCCCAUCUGUAAUCUGCCAUCAGUUUAUCCAGAUGUAGACAGAUGUCGCGGAUUUGAAAGUUUGUGGACAUUUGACAGCUAUGAAGGAAGAUGUGUAGCAAUUGUCUAUGGAGGUUGUGGAGGAACGGAGAACUUGUUUGAGACGAAGGCAGCGUGCGAAGCCAAGUGCACCAGAGCCGCUCAGGGGUCUCUUCGAUCUGCAGCAGGUAGCCAAGAAGACAAAUGCCAACUGAAACUCGAGUCUGGACCAUGCUUUGGCCUUUUCUAUCGCUAUGGGUACAACUCUGCCAAUGGUCGAUGCGAGCAGUUUAUAUUUGGAGGUUGUGGUGGAAAUGCCAACAACUUUGAGACAGCCCAAGAGUGCCAGGAGCAAUGUGGAGGAGGAGUGCCCGUGUCUGACUCAUCAUGUGAUCGGACAAAAUGCCCCUGGAAGCGCUGGGCUCAUUAUCUCGUCAAGAACUGCAUCCCACAGUACGAGGAUGGUGCCUGCUGUCCGACUAGCUUCUCAUGUCCUCCUUCAGACUCUGUUAUACCAGACCCAACGAAAUGUUACUACAGAGGUAAUUUCUACGAAAAUGGUGAAGAAGUGCCUGUGGAAGACGUCUGUUCAGCUAGCUGUCGUUGCCAUGCCGAGACCGCGCCUCAGAUACACUGUGCCAACAUUGAGUGCCCUAGCUUGUUCAGGCCUCCUCGCCCUGGGUGCCGUCUCCUCUUCUCUCCUGACCAGUGCUGCUCAACAGACGAGGAGUGCCGGGACCCCGCAGCACCACCAGACUUAGAGACUCGUGCUGUUGGGUGCUCAUGGGGCAACAAGACUUACCAAAUUGGAGAUAAGAUGUACUUCGAUGAUUUCCAAUGCCAGUCUUGUGUGUGUACUCCAGAGUUCACAAGCCCAACAGGUCCUGGUUGUUCAAAGAUUGACUGUGGAUUUGAAUUCCGAUACACCUCCAGGCUUGCAGAUGGUUGUGUGCCAAUUUUCUUCGAGGAUAAGUGUUGUUCCAUUGACUGGCUGUGUCCUGGAGACAGUCGCAUCACACCAACUGAUGCAGUACAGCAGCAACAAAGAGUUUCACCACAGAAAAAAGAUGAUCAGUGCCAUUUAGGAGAGCUCACUAUUAGCCACGGUUCAAAACUCAACAUUAACAACUGCAGGAUUGACUGCAGGUGCACAACACCUCCUGAGCUGACCUGUGUUCAGUACAGGUCAUGUGAGUUGGCUGCAGAGGUUACCCAACCAAAAGAUUGCCCUGAAGUAAACUGUCCUCCAGCAUGCCAGACUAUUACUGAUGUUGCCACUGGGUGUCCAGUAUGUUCCUGCACUAAAUAUACUUUCUCCUGUGAAAAGAAGGAAUGCCCAAGUGGCUGUCGAACUGAUUUUGACAGCAAAACUGGUUGUCUUACUUGUAAAUGUCAGUGUCCUAAACACCCAGUCCCAUGUCCCAUGGACUGUGCUGUGCGACAUGUUAUGGAUGAAACAACAGGGUGUGAGGUGUGUGAAUGUGAUCCCAAUAACCCUGGGAAUCCUUUUGUUCCUCUUGGUCGCUCCAAUUGUCCCACCUAUCCUCUUGGACGUCUCCCAUGCCCUCAGGAUUGUGCAGUCAGAACAGUUGUAGAUGAGAGAGGUUGUGAGAAAUGUGAGUGUGAUCCCAAUCAUCCUGGAAACCCAUUUGGCCCUCCACAACGCUCUGACUGUCCCACAGACUACACUGGACGAGCUCCAUGCCCCAUGGAUUGUGCCAUUCGUUAUGUCACUGACCCGGAAACAGGCUGUGAGAAGUGUGAAUGUGACCCUGCAAAUCCUGGUCAUCCCUUUGGUCCUCCCCUUGGUUCAAAUUGCCCCAGAGGUCCAUCAGGAAAACCCCCAUGCCCCAUGGAUUGUGCCAUUCGUUAUGUCACUGACCCGGAAACAGGUUGUGAGAUAUGUGAAUGUGACCCUGCAAAUCCUGGUCAUCCAUUUGGUCCUCAUAUUCCUCCCCCACGUAUGAAUUGCCCUGUAGGUCCUUCUGGAGAACCCCCUUGCCCCAUGGACUGUGCCAUUCAGUAUGUCACUGACCCUGAAACAGGAUGUGUUAGGUGUGAAUGUGACCCCAAUAGGCCUGGACACCCAUUUGGACCCCAAAUUAUAUGUCCUCGUGACCACACUGGUAAACCCCCAUGCCCUAUGGACUGUGCAAUUCGUAUAGUGAAGGACGAACAAACUGGCUGCGAUAGGUGUGAAUGUGACCCUAAUAAUCCAGGCAAUCCCUUUGGGCCUUAUUGACUCCAUUGGUAAAAUUUUCUUUAAAAAGGUAUCUUGAUUGGUUACCCUAUUUUGCCUUUUGAUAACUGAAAAUGUCCUGCCUUUUUAUUAUUAUUUUUUUAUAUUGCCAAAUCAAAGCCAUCUAUGGUUGUCCUUGGUAGGAACAAAUCUCAAGUUUUGAUCAGUAGUAAAGUAGGAGUUAACAGUAUAGUUCAACAAUGGAUUUAUAUGAAUUUAUGUUUAUUCAUUGUUUUAGGGGGAAGAUCCUGUUUUGCAAACACUUGUUACAAAAAGAAAUGUAUGAAUUAAUUCUUCCAUCAAAACUAGAAUUUGUAUUUGCAAAUAAACAAUGGGAUAAAGAAUGAAACA